AUGGUCGUUCACAUCUUGGGGAAAGGUUUCAAAGGUAAAGAGGUCAUUAAAAUUGCACUGGCUUCUAAAUUUUACGGCAUAGGUAAAACGACGGCUGAAAAGAUAUGCUCGAAAUUAGGGUUUUACCCAUGGAUGAGGAUGCACCAACUAUCAGAACCCCAGAUCAUGAGCAUAGCAAGUGAACUGUCGACAAUGACUAUCGAAGGUGACGCUAGGGCCAUUGUAAAAGACAAUAUUGCCCUAAAGAAAAAAAUUGGAAGCUAUAGCGGUAUGAGACAUACUUUACAUUUACCAGUUAGAGGCCAACAUACGAGAAACAACGCAAAAACUGCAAGAAAGCUUAAUAAGAUUGAUAGACGUGGACUCCAUACAUUUUCUCAAGCGGAAGCACAACAUAAUCCAUCUCUUUGGUCAUAUAUCUUUGGCAAGUGA